AGAUAUAUACGCGCUUCGGCCUCUGCUCCGCUCACCCUCGACACGCCUCUCUCCCCCUCGCCAGCAGAGAGUCAGACAGAGCAAGGGGGGCGAGAGAAACAGCGGCAGAGAGCAGAGCACAAGUGAGAGAGCGGCGCCCGUCCGGCGGCCAUGGAGGGCGGCAAGGCGGCCCACCACCACGACACCGCCAGGCUGCUCAAGGCCUUCACCCGCACCGUCGAGCCCCGCAACUUCGGCAUCGGCCUCGUCGCCGGCUUCCUCCUCGUCACCUGCGCAUACUUCUCCACCGCCAGGUUCGACGCCAUCCACAUCGCGCCCCUCGUCAGCCCCUCGGAGACCCGGAUUGGUUCGCCGGCGACCGCCGCCGCCGCCGGCUCCAAGAGCCAAUUAGAUUUGGGCGUGCCGGAGCAGACAUUAUCCAGGGAAGGGAGCAAGGCCGAGGUGCUGGACACGGACAGCGACGACGGCGCCGGCAACAAAGAUUUGGUCCACGACGCGUCGCUGGCGGACACGAAGAAAGAUGACACCUUUGCCAGGGACGGCGAUGCUGCUGCGGCCGUGGAGGCCGCCAAGGACGAUGACGACGCCGCCGGCGCCCUUCUCCCUCCCCUGUCGGCGAACGGCACGCAGGAAGAGCAAGGUGUUCUUGAGGACCAGGAGCUGCUCGUGCCGGAUGCCCUCGCUGCCGCCAAUUCUCCAAACAAGAGCGGCAACAAUGGCGGCUCCCAGCCUGUGGUUCAAUCCGACCCGGCUACGAUUCCUGCUCCUGUGCAGCAGACUCCUCCUACCACUACCAUUCCAGAGGCUCCCAAGCAUGAGGAGGCCAAGGCCCCUCCAGCCCAGCAGAUUCCCCUCGUCCCAGAGCCUCUCAAGCAGCAGCCAGGUCCGGAGGAGGUGGCGACGGCGCCCCGGCGGGAGUGGAAGCCGCUGUGCGACAUGACGUCGAACCGGCGCAUCGACUGGUGCGAGCUGGACGGCGACGUGCGCGUCCACGGCGCCAAGGCCACGGUCACCAUGGUCGGCGCGGCGCGAGCCGAGGAGUGGCGCAUCAGGCCGUACCCGCGCAAGGUCGACCCCAACGCCAUGCGCCACGUGACCAACAUCACCGUGCGCUCCACCAUGACGCUCCCCGGCGCCGGCGCCGGCGAGGGCGAGUGCGCGAUCAAGCACUCGGUGCCGGCGCUGCUCUUCUCGGACCGCGGGUACACGGGCAACUACUUCCACGCCUACACCGACGUGAUCCUGCCGCUCUUCCUCACGGCGAAGCAGUACGGCGGGGAGGUGCAGCUCCUCGUCUCCGACAUGCAGAUGUGGUGGAUCGGCAAGUUCCUCCCGGUCUUCAAGAGCCUCUCCAACUACGACCUCGUCGACCUCGCCGCCGACAACCGCACCCGCUGCUUCCGCCACGUCCAGGUGGGGCUCACCUGCCACGCCGACUUCAGCAUCGACCCGCUCAGGGCGCCCAACGGCUACUCCAUGGUCGACUUCACAAAACACAUGCGCGGCGUCUACGGCCUCCCGCGCGGCCUCGCCGUGCCCGCCGCGGGGGCCAGGCCACGACUGUUACUAAUCGCGCGCGCCAGCACGCGGCGGUUCGUGAACGCCGACGACAUCGUGCGGGCGGCGCAGAAGGUGGGGUUCGAGGUGGUGGUCUCCGAGGGCACGCACGAGGUGGCGCCCUUCGCGGAGCUGGCCAACACCUGCGACGUCAUGCUGGGCGUGCACGGCGCCGGGCUCACCAACAUGGUGUUCCUCCCCACGGGCGGGGUGGUGAUCCAGGUGGUGCCGCUGGGCGGGCUGGAGUUCGUGGUCGGCUACUUCCGGGCGCCGUCCAGGGACAUGGGCCUGAAGUACCUCGAGUACCGGAUCGCGCCGGCGGAGAGCACGCUGACGGAGCAGUACCCGGCGGACCACCCGAUAUUCACCGACCCGGACGGCGUGAAGAGCAAGGGGUGGGAGUCGCUCAAGCAGGUGUACCUCGACAAGCAGGACGUCCGGCUCGACCUCAAGAGGUUCCGGCCGCUGCUCAAGAAGGCCAUCGCGCACAUCAGAGCGAACAAGCUCCAGCACUGAAUCCAUCCAGUAGUUAUUAUGAUACGAUAUACCAGUAGCAGUAUGUAUCUAUAAAUAUAUGCCAGUGUAUGUAGCAGUUUAGCAGAUGAGAUGAGAUGAGAUUUGAUCGGCCGACAACAAGAAAUUUUCUUUUGGUGUAGAGAUGACA